GAAAAAGACUUCUUCCAUAUUAUUGUCCUCAUUAUCCAACGAACAAUAAUACUGUAAUAAUCUUAAAUUAAAUUCCACACAAAAAAUGGGGGAGAUAAGAGAGGACAUAGUGAUUGUCGGAGCUGGUAUUUCUGGUCUCGCUACUGCCCUCGGACUUCACAGGGAGGGGUUAAGGUGCUUAGUGUUGGAAUCAUCAGAGUGCUUAAGGAACACUGGCUUUGCCCUUUCUUUAUGGACCAAUGCGUGGAGGGCCCUCGAUGCUCUCGGCAUUGGAGAUCAUCUCCGACAACACUCUCUUCAAAACAACGAGUUUCAAGUUUUUUCUGCAGAUUCUGGCCUUCCUACUGCUUCUGUUCCGCUGCAGCUACACAAGAAGAAUUUCGAAAGUCGGUGCUUGAGAAGGAAAUUGGUGCUGGAGACAUUGAACAAAGAACUACCCCAAGGAACCAUAAGGUACUCUUCAAAGGUUGUUAUGAUUGAAGAAUCCGGACUGUUCAAAUUGGUUCAUCUCUCUGACGGAUCCGUUAUCAAAACGAAGGUGUUAAUUGGGUGUGAUGGAGUGAACUCAAUGGUGGCCAAGUGGUUGGGACUACAGAGUGUGGUUGACUCCAAGAGAUCUGCGAUCAGGGGAUUCGUUGAGUAUCCCGAGACGCAUGGGUACGAACCAAAAUUCUACGCCUUUUUCGGAGGGGGUGUCCGCUUUGGUUUCCUUCCUUGUGAUGAGAAGGGCUUGUAUUGGUUUUGCACUUAUAACCAAUCCUCCAUUCCCCACUGCGAUCAAAGGGACGAACACAAUCCGAUCAAACUGAAGGAGUUCGUCUUAAGCAAGACUAGGGACGUGUCGAAAGAGGUGACCGAGAUUCUGGAGAGGACCCCACUGGACUUCAUCUCCAAUGCGAGGCUAAAGCUGAGACUCCCGUGGAAUGUUCUGCUGGGAGACAUUGCCCGGGACAACGUUUGUGUGGCCGGAGAUGCCCUUCAUCCGAUGACACCCGACCUCGGACAGGGCGGGUGCUCUGCCCUAGAAGACAGCGUUGUCCUUGCCCGGUGCCUCGGAAGGGCAUUUUCGGAAAACCAAAGAGACGGCGACGAUGGUGAGGUGUUCACAAGGAUUAAAGAGAGCCUUGAGAGGUACAAAAAGGAGAGGAGAUGGAGAAGCUUUGUGCUAAUCUCUACUGCUUACUUGAUGGGUUUCAUUCAAGAGAGUAAUAGCAAAGUGAUUAGCUACUUGAGGGAUAAUUUCUUGGUUCAUUACACACUGAGGAUUGCUCUAAGUAUGGCUGAUUUUGAUUGUGGGAAACUUUUACUGCCUUGAAUAAGAUUUAUGACAAGUGAAUUUGUUUUCCAUUCCUCUUUAAUCCUCUGCUAUUUUUACUUGUAAAGUCUGUGUGCUCACACUUUUCCCAGAUUCUGUACUUUCGUAAAUAAAUAUAAUGCUGGAUUGUUAUUAUCAAAUCUUGUAAGAUUGUGAAAUCACAUGUCAAUAGGAGGGAGUUUCGUUGUGAUAUUCUUUAAUAACAUCAAAAUUUGUUG